CAAAAAGAAGCUGGCCCCAUUCUCUCUCUCUAGGGAAUAGGCAUUUUCAUCAUCUUGAAUCUUGAUUCACUUAAAAUCUCUUCUUCUUUCUUAAAAAUGUCGAUCGAUUGUAGUAUGGGCAGUUCAAAGUUCUUAUCUUGGUCGAUGUUCAAGACCCACAUUGAUCAAGGGUUCUUACUAGAACCCAUUUACAAAAUCAUUAUUACUUUUGCCAAUUUAUUUCUUCUUCUUCUUGGAUUUCUCGUUAAACUCAUCAUCAGAUUCUUGGUAGAUCAAAAUGAUUUGGGUUAUUCUGUUGAUUUGGAUCCUGGUGGGUUUAGUAAGACAGAGAGUUUUCGCUAUUUCUUUGAGUUUCAGUUGCAUGAACAAAAACAAGAACAACAAGAAGAAGAUGAUGAAGAGGUUGUUUUCAUGGAGACUAGAAAUGAAAUUUUUGACAUCUUGGAAAAGCCUGAAAACAUGGAUUUUGAUGUUCUUACAAUUUCUUGUAAUGAGGCACAAUUUCCAGCUUCCCAUGGAAAUGAAACAAAUGAACAAGAUUUAAUUCCUACGUUUGAUGAAGACAGUGAUUUGGAUUUUCUCGAGAAAAUCUCGGAUUUGGUGGGGAUGGAAGAUAUUAACAAAGAAAAAACAGAGAAAAAGGAAGAACUUGGCCAAACUGACCAAGAAAUUAGUAUGGAGGGAUUAUUGGAUGAUGAUGAUGAAGAAGAAGAAACAUCAUGUGGACAGGAUCAUAACCCAUUUCAGAAAUGGGAAGAAGAAGAAGAAGAAAAAUCAUGUGGACAAGAUCAGAACCCAUUUGAGAAAUGGGAAAUGGAAAUCAAAGAAGAUGUUUUUGAAGAAGAACAAUCAUGUGGACAAGAUGAAAACCAAAACCCAUUUCAGAAAUGGGAAUUUGAAGUUGAGAAUGAAGUUUUUGAAGAAGAAGAAGAAGACAUUUUAAUGGAGCACAAAGAAUUGAUUGAGCAGAUGAAAAUGGAGGGUAAGAAUGGUAGAGGUGGGGGGCUUCCCACAAUCAUGGAAGAUAUGGAGAUUCCUCUGAAAGUUGAUGAUGAUUUUAAGCCAUUGAAAUUUGAAAAGAAGAAAUUACAGUACAAAGAUCAUAUGGAAGAGAUUCAUAAGGUUUAUAGAAGCUACUUGGAGAAGAUGAAGAAACUUGAUAUUUUCAAUUACCAAACUGUCCAAGCUAUCAGUUUUCUUAGAAUGAAGGAUCCCUCCCGCCAUAUUUUACCAUAUUUGAAAUCAUCAUCAUCAACAGCUUUCACAAUUAAAUCCCUAAUCAGUCCUAGCCGUUGGCCAUUCAAGCUACAAAGAAUCUAUUCUGAUCCAACCAUAAAAUCAAUGGCCAAACUUAACCGUGACCUUGAAACAGUUUACGUUAGCCAGACAUGUCUUUCAUGGGAAAUCCUUAAAUGGCAGUAUCAAAAAGCCAACAACAAUCUUUUGAACAUCGACAUCGACAACCACAAAACUUACAAUCAAUCAGCCUGCGAGUUUCAACAGUUUCAAGUUCUCCUCCAAAGGUUUUUGGAGAAUGAACCUUUUCAAGGCCCGAGAAUUCAAUACUAUGCUAGACAAAGUUCUUCCAUUCGUGCCAUUCUACAUGUUCCUUUAAUCAAAGAGGAUUGUUUGAAUGAGAAGAUGAAACAUAGUGGAGGAGAAUGUAGUAGGGUAUGUAUUGGAAAGUUAAUCGAUAUCAUGGAGGAAACAAUGCGUGUUUUCUGGGAAUUCAUUAGAACAGAUAAGGAUAUGAACUUGAAUCAUGAUCAAAGCCGAGUUGAGUUGAACAAUACACUUCAGAAGAAGAACAGGAGAUUGAGGGAUAUAGUGAGGAGCAGGAAAUGUAUAGUGAAGAAGUUUCAAAAGCAGAAAUGUUUAGAAGGAAGAUUAGUUGAUUGUAUUCAGCUUUCAGCGCAGGUCGAGUUGAAGAUGGUGGGAAGGGUUCUAGCCAUGUCUAAUGGAUUAACUAUUGAUCAAUUGGCUUGGUGUCAAAAGAAGCUGAAUAAGGUUAAUUUUAUCAAUGGAAAGAUUCAUUUAGAACCCACAUUUUGGUUAUUUCCUGCUUAGAACAUAACCUGUAUUAUGGGUUGCAGUUGUAUAUAUUAACUCACUGCAGUAGCUUUACAUUUCCUCUUUUUCUUUAAUGAAGUCUUUGAAGGAAAUGGUUGGUUGGGUUACUUA